GGAGGGGGCCGCGUUGCCAUGGCAACGGAGCGGAGCCGAGUGGGGCCGAGCCGGGCCGAACCCGGGGCCGAGGGGGCCCGAGCGGUACCGGACUGAGCCGAACGUGGGGCCGAACCCGGGGCCGAGCCGGGCCGAGCGGUACCGGACUGAACCGAAGCCGUAGCCGAGCGGUACUGGACUCAGCCGAACCCGGGACCGAGCUGUUCCGAGCCGGGCCGAGCGGUGCCGGGCGGUACCGGACUCAGUCGAGCGUGGGGCCGAGCUGGGUCGAACCCGGGGCCGAGCGCAGCCGAGCGGUACCAGACUGAACCGAACCCGUAACCGAGCGGUAUCGGACCCAGCCGAACCCGGUGGCGGAGAGGUUCCGAGACGGGCCGAACCCGGACCUAGCGGUACCGGGCUGAGCUGAGUGUGCCCCGAGCGGUUCCGAAGGGGUGCCGAACCGGCCCGAGUUGUCCCGAAGCCGGUCCGGUCCGGUGUAACAAAAGCCCCCUCAGGCGCUGCCCCCGCUGUGUCCCGCUAUCCCCCGCCGCCGCCAUGCUGAUCAAGGAGUACCACAUCCUGCUGCCCAUGAGCCUGGAGGAGUACCAGGUGGCCCAGCUCUACAUGAUCCAGAAGAAGAGCCGGGAGGAGUCGAGUGGUGAGGGCAGCGGUGUGGAGAUCCUGGCUAACCGGCCCUACAGUGACGGCCCUGGGGGCAGUGGCCAGUACACCCACAAGAUCUACCAUGUCGGCUCCCACAUCCCCAGCUGGUUCCGGGCGCUGCUCCCCAAAGCUGCACUCCAGGUGGAGGAGGAGUCCUGGAAUGCUUAUCCCUACACACGUACCAGGUACACAUGUCCCUUUGUGGAGAAGUUUUCCAUUGAGAUCGAGACGUACUACCGCCCGGAUGCGGGGCAGCAGACCAACAUCUUCAACCUGAGUGUGGCAGAGAAGAGGCAGAGGAUUUUGGACACCAUUGACAUCGUGCGUGAUCCCAUCUCCCCCGGGGAAUACAAGCCUGAGGAGGAUCCCAAACUCUACCACUCAUCCAAGACGGGCCGGGGGCCGCUGGGGGAUGACUGGCUGGAGGCGGCGGUGGCCAGCGGUCCCCUCAUGUGUGCCUACAAGCUCUGCAAGGUGGAGUUCCGAUACUGGGGGAUGCAGUCCAAGAUCGAGCAGUUCAUCCAUGAUGUGGGUUUGAGGAAGGUGAUGCUGCGCGCCCACCGCCAAGCCUGGUGCUGGCAGGAUGAGUGGACAGACUUGACAAUGGAGGAUAUCCGGCAGCUGGAGGAGGAGACAGCACAAAUGCUGGCACAGAAGAUGGCCAAGUGUGGCGAGGGCGAGGAGCCACCUGCGGCUGGGAUCAGCCCUGAGGGGCGUCCGGAGCCAGACGGGCCUGGUGGGCAGGAGGAGGCUGAGCUGCAGGCGGGGACUGAUACCCCCUCCGAUGAUACCUUUGCCAAGCAGUGGUCCACCUCUUCCCGGUCUUCCUACUCUUCCCAGCAUGGAGGGGGCGUGUCUCCUCAGAGCCUGUCGGAGUGGCGGAUGCAGAACAUUGCCCGGGACUCGGAGAACAGCUCUGAAGAGGAAUUUUUCGAUGCCCACGAGGAUCUGUCUGACAGCGAUGAGGUCUUUGCCAAGGAGAUGACCAAGUGGAGCUCCAACGACUUCUUGGACACGCUUGAGCGGCCAGCAGAGCUGGAUGAGGCACUGGGGGACGGAGCCAGCGCCACCAAGGGGGAUGGUGAAGAGUUGGGAACAUCCAGCUUCCCUGAGGGCAGCAUGGCAGAGAGCACGGAGCAGAUGUGCCGGAUCCACGCACUCUUCCUCAUCCUCCACAGUGGGAACAUCCUCGAUCAGGGAGCGGGCGAGCCGGGCUCCAAGCAGGCAGAUGUGCAGACACUGGCGGCCACCUUUGAUGCUGUCACCCGCGUCCACUUUCCCGAGGCACUGGGACAUGUGGCCCUGCGCCUGGUGCCCUGCCCGCCCAUCUGUGCUGCAGCCUACGCCCUUGUUUCCAAGCUCAGCCCCUACAGCCACGACAGGGACAGCCUGUCCAGCAGCCAGGACCACAUCCCACUGGCAGCGCUCCCGCUGCUGGCCACCUCCUCAGGCAUCUACCAGCACGCCGUGGGCACCGUCAUUGCCCGCGCCAACCAGGCCUACGCAGCCUUCCUGCACUCCGGAGAGGGCACCGGCUUCUGUGGCCAGGUGGUGCUGCUCGGGGACUGUGUGGGUGGCAUUCUGGGAUUCGAUGCCCUGUGCCAGAGCCGGGUGGGCUCUGGGGGCAGCCGGAGCAGCAGCCGCCGGGGCAGCCUGAGCACGGAGCCCAUCUCCCCGGAGCAGUAUGGCGGCCUGGACCCACUGGCUGAUGGGACAGAGGGAGCACCGGUAUUGGGCCAGGCCAGCCCUGAGCCCCCAGGGACACAGGGGGACAGCCAGCAGCACAGCUCCAUGUGCAGCCUGCAGGCCAGCGAGGCCCCGCUGGAGGCAGAGGCUCCCCGGAGCAGCGCCAUGGCGCUGGAUGGGGCGGAGGGUGCCAGCACCCGCCUCGAAUUUAAGGUAUCCGGCUUCUUCCUCUUUGGUUCCCCACUGGGGCUGGUGCUCGCGCUGCGCAAGACCGUCAUGCCUGCUCUGGAUGUGGCCCAGCUGCGUCCUGCCUGUGAGCAGAUCUACAACCUCUUCCACGCCGCCGAUCCCUGUGCCUCCCGCCUGGAGCCCCUCCUGGCCAAGGCCUUCCACGCUGUGCCCCCCCUCAGCGUGCCCCGAUACCAGAAGUACCCCUUGGGUGAUGGCACCUCGUCCCUGUUGGCGGAGGCCCUGCAGACACACUCUGCCCUGUUCCUGCCCAAAGUGGAUGUGGCUGCCCCCCCUACCCCCACUGGCAGCUUUGGGGGCUUCUGGAAGGGCAAUGAACCAGCAGAGCCCCCCACUCCUGCCAGCACCAGCGAGGUUGUCAAGAUCCUGGAGCAUUGGUGGGGCCCAAAGCGCAUCGACUAUUCUCUGUACUGCCCUGAUGCCCUGACUGCCUUCCCCACCAUCACCCUGCCCCACCUCUUCCAUGCCAGCUACUGGGAAUCCUCUGACGUGGUGGCCUUCAUCCUGCGCCAGGUGAUGGAGAAAGAGGGGCCGCAGCCAGCGGAGAGCGAGGAGAGCUCCAUCUACAGCCCCGCCAUCCCUCGGGAGAAGUGGCAGCGCAAGCGCACCCAAGUGAAGAUCCGGGUGGACAUCUACAUCAUGACACAGCCGCUGUCAGGGAAGUGGCUGUACUACGGCACCGAGGUGACGAGUGGCAGCGGGCGCCUGACCUUCACCAUCCCUCCAGACAAAGCUCUGGCCAUCGGGAUCUACCCUGUUCGCAUGGUGGUCAGGGGGGACCACAGCUACGCCGAGGCAUACCUGACUGUUGUGGCCCGUGGCACUGAGUCCGUUGUGUUCAGCAUCGAUGGUUCCUUCACCGCCAGUGUCUCCAUCAUGGGCAGUGACCCCAAAGUGCGGGCGGGGGCUGUAGACGUUGUAAGGCACUGGCAGGACUCAGGGUACAUGAUCAUCUACGUGACGGGGCGCCCCGACAUGCAGAAGCAUCGCGUGGUGGCCUGGCUCUCCCAGCACAACUUCCCCCACGGUGCUGUCUCCUUCUGCGACGGGCUCACCCACGACCCACUGCGCCAGAAAGCCGCCUUCCUGCAGAGCCUGCGCACUGAGGCAGAGAUCUCCAUAGUUGCUGGCUAUGGCUCCACCAAGGAUGUCUCCGUCUACAGCUCACUGGGACUCGCGCCAGCACACAUCUACAUUGUGGGACGGGCCGUCAAGAAGUUCCACAACCAGUGCCAGUUCCUCUCCGAGGGCUAUGUUGCCCACCUGGCCCAGCUGGAAGCCGCAGCCCUGGCCCACUCCCCCAAGGGCCCCCCACGACCUGUGCUGGGCAAAGGCACCUAUGGCUGCCCAGCGCCUGUCGACUUCCUGCGGAAGCAGAGCCAGCUCCUGCGCUCCCGGGGCUCCAGCCAGGCAGAGCGGGAUGGGGGGUCCCCCUCAGUACCCUCAGGCUUGUCCCGGGCCAAGCCCCGCAGUGUCAGCCUCAAGCUGGAGGGUGAGGAGUGAGGGUGGCAUGGCCAUGUCCCCCCUCCACUGCAUCCCUGAUUUCCCAGCAAGGAGCAUCUGGGGAUGGAGCCGGUGCUGGGCCACAAGCCCAUAGGAAGGAGAUGAGGGCGCUGGGUCCCCUGAGACUGGGGGGUGCUGGGAGAUGGCUCUGAGCCCCCCUGAGGGCCAGAGUGAUCCCCUCAGGACUGAGCCACCCUGGGUCCUCCCUGCUGCCCCCAGCCCUGUCCCCUCUGGUCCUUUGGGGCUGUUGGGCAGUGACCAGUGGGGUCUGUGCUCCAAGGUCAUUGUCCAUGUGCAGAACUGGGGGGCUGUGGCUGUGCCCCAGGGCAAAUGGCACCUCCCCACCUAUUUAUUUCUGUCCAGUGUCACAGGGCAGGGCUGGGUUGGGUUUCCAGAGUGGUUCCUCUGUUCCCCCCCUUUUGUUUCCGUGUUGAAUAAAGAGAUGUUACGACAAGG